AUGCUUAAUAUAAUUGAGGACAUCAUCAGUACCAGGAAGCUGAGGAAGUACAAAUUCAACUCGCCCAAGAACAUCAGAGAUCACCUGCAAAUCUUUGAAAGAAUUCGUGAAAAUGGAAUCAAAAUGGAUUUUGUUUCUGCCUACAUUGAUCGUGAAUUCGGCACAAAAGUAAAGUACUUAAGCCUCCUAUCCAUUGCAGGCAAUCUAUCUAAAGAGUUAGAUCUCAAAUUGGACCGACUUGCCAAACGGAAUCGAAAUGCAUUAUUAUGUUGGUAUGCAGAAAACUGGGAUAAGAUACAGCCACAUAUAAAAGAACAAAAGACAUGCUUGGACAUUUCAAGCGAAGAAGAUAUUUCCUCUCCUGUUGAGAUACAAAAAGAAGAAUGUCAUACAGAAUCAGUUAACACAGUUGUCUUGAGAAACUGCAUGUUAAUUGACCCUUCAGAUUUGAAUCAAUUACUUAAUUUUCACUAA